AUGUGUUCCAAACCGAUUGGUAUUUUACGAUGCGAAGGAUGUCAAAAACUAUUUUGUCGCAGCGAUUUAAACGAACAUCGCAACGAGCUAUCCAAUCAAUUAGACGGGCUUACGGUCGAACAUGAUGCGUUUCAACAUACACUGAACCAGGCAACAGCCGAUUCUCGCACCCAGGGACUUAUACGUCGAAUUGAUGCCUGGGAAAAGGAAUCGAAGCUCAAGAUCCGACAGGCAGCCGACGAAGCUCGUCGUCAGAUUGAAAUCCAUGCUGUCAGAAAUGCAAAAGAGAUUUCGACACGCUUUCGGGAAAUGGCUGAUAGACUACAGCAGGCGCGAAAAGAAGACGCAUUUGAUGAACGAGACUUGAAACGAUGGACAGAACAACUCGAACAACUCAAGGAGAACUUUGUUUCACCAUCUUCUGUUGCAGUGGAAGAGGAGCAAGGAACGUUCAUUGCGAAAAUCCAGGUGAAAGACGUGGAGGUCUUGGGGAAAAGAUUCGAUCAAGUGCUAUACGGCUUUGCCGUAGUCGACGAUGGAGGCUUGGCUGUUGUAUGUAAUUAUUACAACAACCAUGGUGCACAAGUCCGAGGCAAGGGAGAAUAUUCUGGCGGUCUACACGAAAUUCAGCUCAAAAUCGAGAAUUAUGCUGAUGGCUUUCUGUUUUUCGGCAUCAACUCAAAAUCGACAGCAAUGCAAAAUAAUUCCUGCACUUCGAUGUCAUCUUAUGGCUGGGCAGCUGGAGCGAACAAUACGGUGUAUAUACACGGACAAGGCUCAAACAACUACAAGGGGUACGUGAGCGACUUUAGAGUGAACGACAUCAUUGAGCUUGAGCUGGAUUGCUAUCGUCGGCUCAUUCGAAUGCGAAAUCAUCGCUCAAAUAAACAACAUGAGUUGCCAAUUGAUCUUGAUAAGUGUCCAUUUCCAUGGGUACUUCAUCUCAACCUAGGCAGUUACGGCGAUCGUCUGCGCAUUGUCCUCUAG